CGUUUUCUGUUUCCCAACGGUCAUAUUAGCUUGUAACACUGCACACAUUUACGUUUAUUUUGGUUUUUAGUGACGGUAAUAUUUGAAAUCACUGUCAUUCAUCGUUUGAAAUGGAGAUUUUCGGUAGCACCUUUGACGAUUCGGUGUUCGAGGAAUCAAGGAAGAAGCCAACUGUUGUUGCACUGUCGUCUUACAAUGCAAAGUUCUGUGAAGCAGAGGUGAGCGUUAACUAGCUACCCAACGUUAGGUAGCAUCCGUUUUUUGCUAGCAUUGCAAUUAUGCAUAUCUUUAACUACGAGUUAUCUAUUUCAACAGUGGUUUUGGGAGAGCAUCGACCCAGAGGACUUUUUGGAGAAGCAAAAGAUCUUCACAUUUCGAGCUGAUAUGGCGUACAGGCGAAAAAACUUCCAGGUAUUGGCCUUUUUUCCCUUGAGUAAUUUAGCUACACACUGUCUAUCAUAGCCAUCUAGUAUCCAAAUACUUUUCUCAUCUGUUAACUAUAUCCCUUUCCCCAGGAAGCUUUAAACGACUACACUACCUGCCUCUCCUAUAUCCCUGACGGCAACCUGACCAUUAGACGGGAUAUAAUGGAGGGGAUGGUAAGGUGCUGUUGUCACCUGGGGAAGAGAGAGGCAGCCCUGGAGAUCACAGAAACACUUGUAAGAACCGUUGCUGUUGAGUGAGUCUUAUCUUUAUACUGGCAUGAUACAUUAUUGUAACAUAAUAUGGUCUUUGUUAUACAUUAAUAAUACAAAAUACCUAGUCUCGUACUCCACCAGCCAGCUCUUGUCUGGGGACGAGGCUACAAUAUACAAGUAAAAUGGUUGUUUGAAAAUGGAAGUUAUAGUCAAUCACAAGCUACACUUUCUCCAUGGACAGAAAAACGAAGCCUCCAACACCUGUCACCUCACCGGUCUACUUCACCUGACCGAGAACAUCCACGAGCGCUUCGGAGACCUCAGGAGCCAGGUCACGUGUCUGCAGCAGCUGUGUUCUCUCCACCCCUACCACCAGUGGCACUGGAUGAAGCUGGCAGAAAGCUACCUUCAUCUUCUCCAUUCUCUGUCAACACCCUCAACCUCCAGUCCUCUUCAACAGCGAGAUGGUGUAGAGCAUCAGACUGAGGAGCAACUGAAGGAAGAGAGUGACGUCGUUUGGCUCAAGGCCUGCAUGUGUUUUGUCCGGGCCAGGUAA